CUUUGAUGUCGUUUUUGGCAUGAAUCCUCCAAGUUUGAUUCGUCCACUGGGUCGGAGGGGUUCAAUAGAAAUGAAAACGCCACAGUGCCGAACACUGACAGAUCUUCUCACAGAUCAGAGGACACACAACAAAUUCAACAUGAUUGACUGCACAGUUGAAAAGCGGAAGCUCAUCAUGGAGACCUGGGGAAAAAUCAACGUCAAAGUGGUCGGACCCCUUGCUUUGAGAAGGUGUCUUAUUGUAUAUCCAUGGACUCAGAGGUACUUUGAAACCUUUGGAGACUUAAACAGCGCAGCGGCUAUCAUGGGCAAUAAAAAAGUUGCCAAGCAUGGCAUCACUGUGCUGAACGGCAUCGAGCGAGCUGUGUAGAAUAUGGAUGACAUCAAUAACACCUACGCCGAGCUGAGCGUUCUGCACUCGGAGAAACUUCAUGUGGAUCCCGACAACUUCAGGAUGCUGGGCGACUGCUUCACCAUUGUUCUGGCCUCCCAGAUGGGGCGGCCUGCCUUCACGCCAGACGUCCAAGCGGCCUGGCAGAAGUUCCUGACCGUGGUCGUCUCUGCGCUGGGCAGACAGUACCACUAGAGACAUGU